AUGUCCUUCUGUUUCUGGGAUUUGAGGUCUACCUCGCCGGCGCACGGCUCUUUCGAGUUGGCGAUGGGAAAUCAGCGGGCUGGUCCGGCUGAAAUGGAAUUCUUCCAGCGUGAUUUCGAAGUAAUGAGCUUCUUCACCAGUUGUCACUCGGACUGCUUUCUCACGUCACAUUUGCUUGUGGUUAAGUAUCUUCGUGAAGGGGACGAGGUGUAUGGGAAGAUUGUCUUGGAUGAUGACAAGAUUAAGAAGAAUGACGGUGGGAAAAACGUGCUGCUUCAAACGUGCAUGACCGAGAGGGCACGAGUCGAGGCUUUGAAGGAUCAAUUUGGGAUUGAGCUGACCGAGGAGGAACAGAACGGGAUCCAAGGAAGGAUGUCGGCACUGGCGACGAGCGAUAGUUAA